UUGAACAUUCCGGGGCCGUUGGCGCAGCGCCAUUGGGCCAUGACUUUGAUGCCAGCAGCCGUCCAGGCUCCGGUCCUGCCAUGCAGGGCGGCACAAAGAAAUGUCCAGGCCUACAGAUCUCCGAGAGUGGCUCGUGCCUCCCUCUUUCGUAAAGCUCCACCUCCACCACCACCUUUUUGGCAACAGCCGCAGACCUGGGCGGUGGUAGCACUGGCUGUGGGCAUCGCGCUUGGCGUCCGAUACCUGUAUAGAAGGUCCAAGAAGGAGACUGCACCUAAAAUGUCUAUGGCUGAGAUGUAUUUCCGCCUGGAGAAGAGUGCUUUAGCAGGUACAGUGACCUCAUCACCUGAGACAACUUCAGCUCCAUCCACAGACCCGGCUCCGCCAAGCAAACCCUUGCCGACUGCGACGCCACCAAGCCCGGUGGCGAUGCCGCCACCGGCACCAACAAGCACUGCUGCUCCAGCCGCUGAGACCAAGAAGGAAGAGAAAACACCUCCAAAGCCAGCUGCAGCACCAGCACCAAGCUCACCACCUACUGCCACGCCACCGGCAGCAGCUACCAUGCCACCACCAGCACCUACCACGCCACCACCAGCACCUACCACGCCACCACCAGCACCUACCACGCCACCACCAGCAGCUACCACGCCACCACCGGCGGCAAAAGCACCAAAAGCAGAGAAAUCAGCACCACCAGCAGCAAAAGCACCAAAAGCAGAGAAAUCAGAGAAAUCAGCACCACCAGCAACAAAAUCAACCACAACUCCGGAAGCCAAAACGCCCCCUCCUGCUCCUACACCAUCUGCGGAUUCCAAAGAAACCAAACCAGAAAAGCCACCAGCAGAAUCACCAAAAGAGUCAAAGGUUGCGAAAGCGGAGGAGAAGUCUUCUGCUGAGGCCAAAGAAAAGAAAGGCUUUGGAUGGCUUUUAAACAGGAACAAGACAGUUGAGGCGCCAAAACUGGCAGAACUUUUACAGGGCGACGACGCGGAUGCGCCUGUCAAGUUCCUGCGGGCAGUGGCCAGCGAGCUCUGUUUGGACACGCCCGGUUUUUUUGAUGGAACAGAAGGCCUUACUGUUGUGCCCGACAGCGUGCCAGCAAAGUCGAUUCUGCUGCACGCAGCUGUCCAGGCAGAAGCUGAGAAGCUGCAGCCCAAAGAGGCUGCGGAGGGAACGGUGAAAGUGGCCAAAUCCAUGAUCCGCGAACUGGUGGAGAAAGCUGCGGCCAUCAAGGACUCCAAAGGCAAAAGAGAAGUCCUUGACAAAGUGGUUCUCUUAGCUACCAAUAGCCAGAGCCUCACCAACACCAUCACACCUGAUGUGGAAGCAGGCACACCGGUCUACGAGGGUUCGCUGAGAUACAAAACCGUUGAGGCUCUUUUUGAUGUGUACCUGGACAACUGCGUGGAUGAUAUGCAAGAGACCACUACGGCCAUGUUUGGAUCUCUGAUGAGCGGCCAGGAAGCACCCCAAAUGUCGAUGGAGCAAAUGGAAGCCAGGGCAGCAGAUGCAGAAAAAGCUCAAAACACCUUGGCAGCUGUUUUCAAAAUCUCCGAGGGCAAGGCCCAGAAGCUUCUGGAAAAGAAAAUGAAAGUCGCCACGGAUCAAGUUCAGAAGGACUUGAUGUCGGGCCUUAUGAGUGGCAAUAGCUGAUGCCGUCCCUACUUGAGAAAUGGACUGUUGAGAAGUUAG